AUGCUGUGGGGGGUGGGCCUGGCGGCGCCGCGCUCCUGCGUGGCGGACCUGAGCCGCAACCGCAGCCUGUCGCUGGGCUGGUGCGCGGGGCCCGAGGAGCCGCCGCCCGCCUUCUAUGGGGGCGAGAUCGUCGCCUUCCCGCUGUCGGGCGGCGGCGGCACCAUGGCGGCGCUGGGCUCCGACUCCUGGUGGAAGAAAACGCUGUACCUGACGGGCGGGGCCCUGCUGGCCGCCGCCGCGUACCUGCUCCACGAGCUGCUGGCCAUUCGGAAAGAGGAAGAGCUUGAUUCAAAAGAUGCUAUCAUACUGCAUCAGUUUUCAAGGCCUAGGAAUGGUGUUCCGAGUUUAUCGCCAUUCUGUCUGAAAAUGGAAACAUACUUGAGGAUGGCUGAUUUACCCUACCAGAACUAUUUUGAUGGAAAACUUUCCCCUCAAGGGAAAAUGCCUUGGAUUGAAUACAAUCACAAGAAAGUAUCUGGCACCGAGUUCAUUAUUGACUUUUUGGAAGAGAAGCUUGGAGUGAAUUUAAAUAAACACCUUGGUCCACAUGAAAGAGCUGUUUCCAGAGCUGUGACAAAAAUGGUGGAGGAGCACUUGUACUGGACUUUAGCUUAUUGCCAAUGGGUGGAAAAUCUUCAUGAGACGCAAAAGAUGGUUUCUCUUUUUGGCCCCUUCAGCGACUUGCUGAAGUGGAUCUUCUGCCAUCUGACCAAAGGAAUCGUGAAGCGGGAAAUGUACGGCCAUGGCAUUGGCCGCUUCUCAGAGGAGGAGAUGUACACGCUGAUGGAGAAGGACAUGCGGACUCUGGCAGGCCUCCUGGGUGACAAGAAGUACAUUAUGGGAUCAACUGUUUCCACCGUUGAUGCCACCGUCUUUGGACAUCUGGCACAGGCAAUGUGGACGCUACCAGGGACUCGACCAGAGAGACUAAUCAAAGGUGAACUGAUUAACCUUGCUAUGUAUUGUGAAAGAAUAAGGAGGAAAUUUUGGCCAGAAUGGCACCACGAUGAUGAUAACACUCUGUAUGAAUCCGAGGAAAGCAGCGAAGCAAGCAAGACUUACUCCCCUUUGCAGGACUUCAGUUUUUAUUCAAGGACAGAAACAUUUGAUGAGGAAGGGAAUAGUAUUUCCCAAACGCCUGAUACCGAUUACACUGGACACUCCCUCUUUGAUUCAGAUGUGGACAUGGAUGAGUACAGAGAUCAGGAACAAUGCAAGUGAUGUGUACAAGUGUCUCCCAUUGUGCAGAUAAGCUGUUUCUUGGGGUCAGUCUGAUUUGUUUUCUCCUUCAGGUCAGGAAGAGGUUUAUACCACUUUGGAAGAGACCAUUGUACUUGACUCAGCUGUCACGUGCUACUUGGACUAUUUCAACUGUAUUUCAUUUUGUCUUACUGUGCAGGUGGAACCAAGGUAAACACUUAUUUAAAACACACAUGGGCAAACUAGAGCUCUAGAGGACAACAGGACCUUUCCAUCUACAUUUUUGUUCGUGUUCAAAAACAGAUCCCCCAUCCAAGUGGGACAGACUUCUGGGAAGUGGAGCAUUUGUCACUACUGGUUUGUGUUAAUAUCUUAUCUUUACAGGAGUCGGUUGAGGACAAAAAUGGAAGAGGUAUGACUGGCACAGCUUUCUUCCAUGGAAGAAAAUGAUUGAUGCUUUAAUGAAAAGGCCCUGGAGGUGCUGGUUGACUGCACCUCAGUAUGAGCCAGGGGUGUGCCCUGGUGGAUCAGAUGUAACAGCAUCCUGGCUUGUAUCAGCAAUGGUGUGACCAACAGGACCAGGGCAGUGAUCGUUCCCCUGUACUCAGCAGUGGUGAGGGUGCAUCUUGAGUCU